AUGGUUACAACACUUCAUGAAAUCAGUCAAAUUUCAAGCAAUUCGAUGCAAUGGAAUCUCAAAGUUAGAGUCGUUCGAAUGUGGGAAAUGCCGGAUCGUUUCAAUCCUGGAAAACCAUAUUCGAUUGAGUUGAUUUUACAAGAUGCAAAGGGUGAUCGUAUCCAGGCCUUGAUUGGAAAGUAUGUAAUUAAAUUUUUUAGGACCAAGAUACAGGAACUUGGCCUAUAUCGCAUGAACUACUUUGUCGUCGUACCAAACAACUUGAGUUUAAAGAACACACCACACAAUCUGAGGCUGACAUUUACACAAAGGACAACGGUUGAGGAAAUAGUUGAUUCUUCAUUUCAUAUGAAUAUCUUCAACUUUCGUCCUUUUGAUCAGCUAAUGACUCAGAAUGAUGUCGAUGAGGCAGAAUUAUUCGAUGUCAUUGGUCAGGUUUUGAAGUAUGAAGAUGUUAAGACCCACAAGCAAGGAGAUAACGACAGUGUCUUCCUCAAUGUUCAACUCGAAGAUGAUCAGAGGAAUAGAAUUACGGCAACCUUAUGGAGUGAACUUGUGGAUCAAAUUCAGCCUUACUUGAAUGGAGCUAUCGACGAACCUUUGAUUGUUGUUUUACAAUUUAUGAAACCUCAAAAAUUUCGAGGUAACUACUCAGAAUGUACCUACUGGAUUGCUGCUAAAUUGGUUAAUUUGGAACUUGAACGAGGAUGGUCAUACUUGGCAUGCAACAAGUGCACUAAAAAGGUUGACAAAAUUGGGAACAAAUUUUUUUGUGAGAAAUGCAAUGAAGAACAACAUUCUGUUGGUCUUAGGUAUCGACUUCAAGUUGGUGUUAUUGAUGGAACCGCUUUUAUCUCAUUAUUGCUUUGGAAUCGCGAAGCGAUGCAGAUUAUAGGAAAGUCCGCAAAAGAAUUGAAGCAAGGAUUAGUUGAGGCUUCUGUUAUAGAUGACGACUGUUCUUAUCCAAGUGAGCUGGAUGAUAUUCUUUAUAUAAAAUUCAUGUUUAAGGAUUCAGAGAUUCCUGAUGGACAAAGUUCGGAUCGAGAGAAGCUAUUUGGG